AACAUCGCAGAAACUCUACAUUUUACAUUUUCAAGUAUAAAAGAAAUGUGGCUUACAAGAGUUGAAUUAUAACUCGAAAAGAGUUAUUUCUAUCAAGCAGUAUUUUUAACUAAAUUGGACCGAAGGCUAUACUGUAAAUAGUAGUUAUUUUGGAUGCUGUUUAUAUCUGGGAGUAAAAUAUGGUUUAUUAAAUAUUGUGUUGGGAGAAUGUAAUGCGUUUUAACGUUUUAAGUUCGUAUUAAUUAUUGUAAGGAGUUUAAAAGUACGUAAGUUCCAGCAAAAAACUGCAAUGGCAAAACGCAAUUUAGAAGAACCGUCUGUGGAGGGAGCGAAGCGUGUGAAGUUUGAAGAUGACAAGAAGCAUUCUUUGGACUCCGACGAAGAGGACGAUUACGCCCAGCGGAGGAACUAUGACAUCAUGAUGGAUGAUGACAUUGAAGGGCAGGAGGAGUCGACGCUGACCCACGACGGGGCCACCAAGAUCACGCCCUUCAACAUGCGCGAGGAGCUGGAGGAGGGCCACUUCGACGUGGACGGCAACUACCACUGGGAGCAGCGCGGCAAGCUGGUGGCCGACGCCUGGAUCGAGAACAUAGACGACUGCCAGAUAGCGGACCGGCCCAUAGUGAGCGACUCGGAUAGUGAGAGCGACGGAGGGGUCCCGUUCGACUCGGUGCCGGUGUACCGACAGCUGCUGGCGCUCAUGCGGCCGGGGGAGACGGUCAAGAAGACGCUCUGCCGCCUCGGGGGCAAGAAGCCGCUGCUGGCGUCGGAGCGGUGGCGCAGGAAGAGGGCGGGGCAGGACUGCGACGCGGGGGACAGGAGCCGGGUGGUGGAGGUGACUGCCCUGGCCGACCGCCUGCUCACGGAGCUGGGCAACAUGGACAUAUACCAGGAGACCUACGAGCACAUCACUGCCCUCGUGAGUGACACGGAGACGAAGAAGGGCAAGUCGAAGGCGAAGAGCGCGGCGUCGGCACCGGACGACGUCCUGGACAUGUACGCAGACGACUUCGACGAGAAGGAGCGGGAGCGGCUCGAGAAGACGGACAGCCACGGCACGGAGGACAAGUUGAGCACAGUUGGCGAGCCUGAAGGUGCAGCGCUGGCUGUGGCAGACUGAAGCACGGGGCUUGGAGCAGGUGUUCAGUCGAGGGCCAACUACUUCCUUGCAUCGAGCUGUGUUCCACUGGAGGCUGCAACACCUCCGAUACCUGGACGUUACCGACAUAGUGUGGAGACUUGCCUGUGGGCUUUCACUUAAAUCCCGAAGGCUGAUAGCGAUAAGAAUUCAUGAGUUAAAAUAUCUAAAGCAGUUGUAUAUAUAUGUGCUCAAAUUGUUAUCAGAACUUUGUGUUGAAAUGACAGCAGAGCUGUAAGAUAGGUUACAAAUGACUGAGGUUUGUAUUAUAACAAUACUGUCAAGUUUUAUGGAUUGUUCCAUAAUUAUUCCUGAUUUAGAUAUCCAGGUUUGGAAUUACAGUGUGUUAAUUAUUUUAACGUCUGUUCAAGGGAAGUAUUUUAUUCUGAUAAUUGAAAACCUAUUUGUAAGAAGUGGAACCAACCCGAAGAACCAGGAAUAAAAUGUAAAUUCUACAAAUCACAAAUCUGGCGCAUGUACUUUGUGUUUGGCUGUACAUGUGGCAAAAUAAAUUUUGUACAAGUCAACUUUUAAGUGUGUUGUAAAAACAUUUUACCCUAAAUAUAUAAAUAUAUAUAUUGCACUGCUUGCAAUAUCAAAUGAUACUUUGAUAAUAGACAUUAUGUAAACUAGUUGCUUGGCUUCUGGGUUACAGCCACGUACAAGGUGAAUAUAUUGGUGAUAUAUUCAUCUUGGAUGUGGCUUUAACCCAGAACCCAAGCAACUUCAGACAAAGGUCUUUAUUAAUUGUUUAAACUAAACAGAAAUUCUUAUAAAUUCUGAUACUUGCAGUAAUUUACCAUAUUUUAUCACAUAAUUGUCACACUCAUAUAACCCUCACACCGUUAUUUUCGGGCAUCAAAAUUAGAAAAGAAAAAAUAAA